AUAUGUAUCCGUUCAUUCACACUACAACCCGAGUAUUUAUGUUUUCAUCGAACAAAUAGAAAAUUAAACCCAAAACCCAAGUUAUAACUUAAAUGUUUUUAACAUGCUUUGAGAAGAGGCCUAAUGUAUCGAAUAUAGAGAUAAAUAUUACUGUUUUUGGAAACCUGAAUUUGUUAAAAAGAAACGGGUUUCCGGCUAUCCGUCUUAGAUCGGCGCUAUUAAUUAAUAUCUAGCGAUGAAUCUACCUAGAAAUGAAGAUUACAGUAAACCUGAAUACUGGGAAAAAAGAUAUAUCAGUGAGGAGGAGUAUGAAUGGUUGGGUGGAUUCCAGUGUUAUAAAUCUAUUCUACAAAAAUACCUCUCCAAACAUCAACAAUCAGAUUCUAUUCUACAGUUAGGAUGUGGCAAUUCUUCAUUUUCCACGGAUUUACGGAACGAAGGCUGGGAGAACAUAACAAAUAUCGAUAUCAGCCUGACGGGAUUACAAAAGCUAAGAAGAAGAGAGAGGGAUUCCAACUAUGUUCUAAUGGAUAUGUCCAUCAUGUCUUUUAAGGACAAAGCCUUUGAUAUCGUGGUAGAGAAGUGCACCCUAGAUUCUCUUCUAGUAACUGCUGAAUCUCCCUGGGAUCUAGACUCUAAGCAGCACAAACUAGUUGGACGAGUUCUGAAGGAAAUAAAACGAAUAUUGAAUCCUGGCGGAACAUUUAUAUCCAUCACAUUCUCUCAACCACACUUCAGGGUACCCUUGCUUCUAGCUGAAGGAUUAGGAUGGUCGGUUCAAGUCGAGAAAAUUGAAGGGGUUGGAUUGCACAGCUUUGUAUUUAUCAUCCAGGAUGGAGAUCCUGCUCCAGCUAGAACAAAAUAUCUUCAUUCAUCAUCCCUUGUCAUUCAACACAACUCAGACUGGGAGUCCAGUGAUGAAGAGAAAUUCCUGGAGAACUUGAACCUUGAUUCAGACCAGGAGGAGGAUAGUUCCAGUUCAUAACUUCUUGGAACAUGAAUAGUUCCUGCUACUUCUUAACUUCUUGGAACAGGAAUAGUUCUAGUUCAUAACUUCUUGGUACAUGAAUAGUUCCAGCAAUUUCAUAACUUCUUGGAAUAGUAAUAGUUCUAGUUCAUAACUUCUUGGAACAUGAAUAGAUCCAGUUCAUAUCAUCUUGGAACAGGAAUAGUUUUAGUUCAUAACUUCUUGGAACUGAAAUAGUUUAUGUUCAUAACAUCUUGGAACAGGAAUAGUUCUAGUUCAUAACAUCUUGGUACAUGAAUAGUUCCAGCAAUUUCAUAACUUCUUGGAAUAGUAAUAGUUCUAGUUCAUAACUUCUUGGAACAUGAAUAGAUCCAGUUCAUAACAUCUUGGAACAGGAAUAGUUCUAGUUCAUAACUUCUUGGAACAAGAAUAGUUCUAUUUCAUAACUUCUUGGAACAGUAAUAGUUUAUAUUAUUAGCUUUGUCUUAAAAUAUGUUCUAAAAAAUGGAAUUUCUUCCUUGCUGUGCCAGAAACGAUUCACAACAUUUUAUACAUUCUUAAAGUCGUCACUUUUCUGUAUGGAUCGAGACAUAUUACCGCCAUUUUCCUUUAGUGCUUUGAAAAUUCACAAGUUAGCUUUUAGGUAAAAGAAGCAAGAAAGGCGGCAUUACUAUCUUUAGUUGUUGUAAAGGGAACCUUUAUUACGUUGACCUCGUUGCUUGUUAACUUGACACUUGAAGACCUGAAAUGAUUGCUGGUUAAUGUCUAUUGUCUAGCUGGUCCUAUGUUUGUCAGAUAAAAAUAUUUUUUAAUAUUUUCAGAAA